CUUUUCUUCCUUUUCCCUUCUCUCUGUUCUCAAAUGGAAAAUUCCGAAGCCGGUGAUCUUCCGAUACUCUCGCUUCUCGCUCUUUUUCGCUCCCCGGGUUCGAUUAUUCUGCUGAAUCUGUUUGUCGCCGCGGUUCGCUGCGAUAUUCCGACGACCCUUGAAGGCCCCUUUGAGCCCGUCACUGUUCCUUUCGAUACUAGUCUGCGUGGCAUCGCCGUUGAUUUGCCUGACACCGAUCCCCGCGUUCGCCGCCUCGUUGAGGGUUUCGAGCCUGAGCAGAUUUCAGUGUCUCUCUCGGUUAGCCAUGAUUCAGUUUGGAUCUCAUGGAUUACAGGGGAAUUUCAAAUUGGUGACAAUAUCAAGCCAUUGGAUCCUAAAGCUGUCUCAAGUAUUGUUUAUUAUGGAACCUCAGAAUCUGAAUUAGUGCAUGAAGCUAGAGGUCAUUCUCUCAUCUACAGUCAGCUAUAUCCUUUUGAAGGACUUCAGAACUAUACCUCAGGAAUCAUCCACCACGUUCAACUUGCAGGGUUGGAACCAAGAACAAUAUACUAUUAUCAAUGCGGAGACUCCUCUCUACAAGCAAUGAGUGACAUCUACCAUUUCAAGACAAUGCCAGCUUCUAGUCCACAAAGCUAUCCAGACAGAAUUGCAGUAGCGGGAGAUCUUGGCCUUACGUAUAAUACAACUACAACCAUCCAUCACCUGAUCAAUAAUCAACCUGAUCUUUUUCUAUUGAUCGGUGAUGUGACCUAUGCAAAUCUUUAUCUAACAAAUGGAACUGGAUCUGACUGCUAUACCUGCUCAUUCCCAGAAACUCCCAUACAUGAGACCUACCAGCCUCGAUGGGAUUACUGGGGAAGGUUUAUGCAGACUUUGGUUUCCAAAGUUCCAAUGAUGGUGGUGGAAGGAAAUCAUGAAAUAGAAGAACAGGCAUUUAACAGGACAUUUGUGGCCUAUAGUUCUAGGUUUGCUUUCCCCUCUGAAGAAAGUGGGUCGUCAUCCACGUUUUACUACUCCUUUAAUGCUGGGGGAAUCCAUUUUAUUAUGCUUGGGGCUUACAUUGGUUACGAUAAAUCAGCUGAACAAUAUAAGUGGUUGCAAAGAGAUCUGGCUAGUCUUGAUAGGUCCAUAACUCCCUGGCUUAUAGCUACUUGGCAUCCUCCAUGGUAUAGUUCUUAUGUGGCACAUUACAGAGAAGCAGAGUGCAUGAGGGUGGAGAUGGAAGAGCUUCUAUACUCAUAUGGCGUGGAUAUAGUAUUUAAUGGGCAUGUGCAUGCUUAUGAGAGGUCAAAUCGGGUUUACAAUUACAGUUUAGAUCCAUGUGGUCCUGUCUAUAUUACUGUUGGGGAUGGAGGUAACCGAGAGAAGAUGUCAAACCAAUUUGCAGAUGAACCUGGAAAAUGUCCUGAUCCAUCAAGUACUCCUGAUCCUUAUAUGGGAGGCUUCUGUGCAACAAACUUCACAUCUGGCCCUGCAAAGGGUAAGUUUUGCUGGGAUCGGCAGCCAGAGUUCAGUGCAUUCAGGGAAAGUAGCUUUGGUCAUGGAAUUCUAGAGGUCAGAAACGACACAUGGGCUUUGUGGACGUGGUACCGAAAUCAGGACUCUGGCAAUAAAGUGGGAGAUCAAAUCUAUAUUGUGAGACAACCUGAUUUAUGUCCUGUUCGUCAGAUGAUGAAGCCAUCUAAAUUCAUGUGGAGGAGUUCAUCAUGAAAAGUUGAAGGUCACAGCUAUCUCGUGAUUAAUCUAACUAAUGGUUGGCAAUAUUUGAGGUUGGCUGCACUCAAAGAUUCCUGUUUAUUUGGCCAUGGAUGCAGUGUGGGAAACAAAGGGAUGAAGAAUUCUCAGUGUUGGUCUGAGGUAGUCUCGGUAUGGGAGUGGAAAUUUCUGAUUUAGGCAUCUUAAUGUCCGUUUGCUAUUUUGUUAACCCUAGCUAAAUGUGACAUCCCAUACUGUUAUUUAUGAAGUUACCACUGAUUAGUAAUUACCUCUAUUAAUUAUUUUUUCAUUUUAUGAGACAAAA